AUGGCGCUGGAUGUAAUGCAGAGAUCUAACACCACUUUUGAAAUCCCGUCCCCCGUCCCCCCGGGGAACUGGCUGGCGCAUCAAAUCCGGCUGCUUCAAGACAAUAGUGCGCAUCUUCUGCCCCAGUCAGCGGGGUCGAAGCGGAGCUGGGACAAGUACAAUUCCACGACCCAUAAAGAUUUCUGUGGCCCCAGGGACUUAGAUCAAUGGUCACCAGAAUUCAAUAGUAUGCAGUUGCCCAAGCUGACAAUCAAGGGAAAUACUAAACCAAAGAAAAAGGAGAAACAGUUCCACCGGAAAAGUCAGCCCUUUGAAAAGAAGAGGCAGACGUUAGCGGAAAUCCUUUUUGGAAACAAACAGAAUCAGAUGUUCACCAACUGGCGGGUGCCACAGAGAUUCUACCGCCCCCAUAGUGUGAAAGACAAGUACGAACCACCAGUGCCAAGAAACGACGUGGGUGUCAUUACAGAGGAACACGAGAGAUUCUUCAAGCAAUCACCAGAGCCUUCCCCUGUCCCGUCUAGAGCGCCAUCUGUAGUAUCAGCGAGGUCCCAACCUCCUCGCCUUAACCGACAGAUGUCACUACCAGAGCUAAAGAUGAGUAAAAACCAGCCCCGCCCCCUCGGUAUGUCCAGACAGUAUACGAGAAUCAACAAGGCCGCCGGUACCCCAGUUCCUGUAGCUAAUACUGAGGCACCCAAGCAGCAAGCACCGCCAUCUGAAGAAGAAGUGAAAAUGGGCAAAGAGGAUUUCAAGUCUACGCUACAACCACACGUAGUGGACAAGGCUGACGAACUGCUCAAACUGGCUCCAAAGGCAGACAGGAGGGUCAUCGAAAAGAUCCUCAAAAUGGCCGACAGGAAACAGCAGAUGGAAAACUCUUUAAAGAAGACGAUGAUGCCCGACGCCAGAGAGGAAGUGGAAAAGUGGCUAACUUCUGCGAAUGAAGAAGAACGACAAGUAGCUUUGAAAUUCUUCAAUUCUCUCGCUGGUACAAAGUUGAUGGGCAUCACAGCAGCAGAUCAAAAGAAACGCCUGCAACAAGUGAUCGACACUUUAGAAGGUGCCAGUGAGAAGAAAGUUGGUGGCCAUAGUCAGAGAGCUCGGAAUAAUGCUGACCGAACCAAGGCGGGAAAGCUACAACACUUGAGGCUUCUCUCCCCGCAGACACGGAAAGAGCGUUGGAUGCACACAACAUGGCAUCACUUACCGGAAUACAGCGAUAAAGGAGCGGGAAAUUGGAGCUCCCACUACACACGUCCACAGGCGCCUAUUCCGCGCCAUUUUGUGAUCCAUCCCGACUGGGGAUAAAAAAAACAACUCAAACUAGUAGUCCCUGAUGAUUUCGAGACAACUGCCUGUACAAU